CUUGGUUUGGUGCGAUAACGAUAAUCCUUCACCAAAAAUAAAUCAAAGCUUGUUAAAAUGGCGUUGCCACUCCCCGAGGUCCAGUCCGCUGUGGACUGCGCCUCAUUCGAUCAAACUGUGCUACCAUUUCUUUCGCAAUUAAUUACUCUCCCCGAAAGGCUUCAGGUUGCUGCGGUAGCCAAGGAUGUGGACGGUUUGAGAGAAAUCUAUCUCUCCACCAACCCUUUCGUUACAGCGCUUGGCUUCAGUCUAGCCCUGUCUGUACUCUUCUUCCUCUUCUCAGAGAUCAAUCGUAACUACUCCCAAGUUGAUCGUUUCUGGCCCUUUCUGCCAGCUAUAUACAAUGUGCAUUUCGCCGUUUGGGCACGUAUGUCUGAUCUUCGCACUCAACACCUGGACACGAUCGCUGUUAUCGCUCUUCUCUGGAGUGUCCGCCUAGCAUUCAACUACUGGCGCAAAGGAGGCUACAAGAUCGGCUCGGAAGACUACCGUUGGGCAAUUGUGCGCUCAAAGAUCAACAACCGAUUCGUUUUCUUCAUUUUCAACAUCGUUUUCAUCUCCCAGAUCCAAUCCCUGCUGCUGUUGCUCCUCGCGGCGCCCACCUACAACUUCCUCCUUCUCUCGCGCCUCCCUGGCGGGAAGACAUUUGAGGUCCCCGACCUCGUAUUCUCUCGUGUCGCCUUCUUCUUCCUUAUCAUCGAAUACUUCGCCGAUCAGCAGCAGUGGCACUUCCACUGCGCCAAACAUGAAUACCAGAAGACGGCGCGCAUCCCUGAUCAGUACAAGGGCCAAUACACCCCCGAGGACCUGGAACGCGGCUUCACUGUCAGCGGCCUGUGGUCUCUGUCUCGCCACCCUAACUUCCUCGCCGAGCAGGCUAUCUGGCUGACCCUGUACCUGUGGAACUGCUACCGCACCGAGUCCUAUGUCCAGUGGACUGGAGUGGGUAUUCUGGUUCUCCUAAUGAUAUUCCAGGGAAGCACUCGUCUCACCGAGUCCAUCAGCUCCAGCAAGUACCCUGAAUACAGCGAGUACCAGGCUCGUGUUGGACGGUUCAUUCCCCGCUUUUCCGCGAAGCCCAAGUACAAGGGCAAGGCUAAGAAGAAGGCCAAGAAGACUGAAAAGGCUGAGCAGUCUGGAGAAGAGGAGGACAAGAAGCACCAGUGAGGAGGUGCAAAGGUCAAAUGAAUGGGUUGUGUUGUGUCGAUUCUAUAUAUCGGUCAUAUGAUACCAAUGUUUUGUUCGGUCUGGGGUUUUGGUUUCACGUUGUAUAUUAAAAAACCUACUGUGUUGGCGUUAUUCUGUCAAGGUUUUGCAAAGUAGGCUAAAGCCAAAUAUAUUGUAAACAUAUUAUACCAAUC